CGUCGCUCUUUGUUAUCGGAAGAACUUUGCUUUUUCCACGCUUUCAAUUAUCUUCUUCUUCAUCAUAUAUUCUUCUUCAGUGGAACAGAAGAUCUGGAUAAUGUCGUUUCUUUGUUGUUUUUCCGCGCACAGAGGCGCGUCUUCGUCGCGGAUUUCAUCAUGGCUAAUGCAGCCUCUCGUGCUCUGCGUCUUUGUCAUGGCCGUUGCGCGCGCGCAGGUCCGUUAUUCUAUCCCAGAGGAGAUGACAAAGGGCUCGCUGGUGGGAAAUAUCGUUCAGGAUCUCGGUUUGGAUGUUAAGAGGCUGAAAUCUGGUCGAGCGCGGAUCUUUACGGAGGACAGUCGUGAGUACAUCGCUCUGAAUGUGGAUAAAGGGACUCUGGUAGUAAAAGAGAGGAUAGAUAGAGAGGAGCUGUGCGCCCAAGUGUCUCCCUGCUCCUUACAUUUUCAGAUCAUCCUAGAAAGCCCCAUGGAGCUGCAUAGAAUUGAUGUAGAAAUAUUAGAUAUUAAUGAUCAUGCUCCUGUUUUUGACAGAAAAGAAAUUGAUUUUCAGAUUAGUGAAUCUGCACUUCCCGGAGCUCGCUUUUCAUUAGACAGCGCCCAUGAUCCGGACACCGGUACGAACGCGCUUAAAUCAUAUACAUUAAAUCCAAAAGAUCAUUUUGAUUUGAAGGUUAUGUCACGAAAUGAUGGCUCAAAAUACGUCGAAAUGGUUCUUCAAGCGCCGUUAGACAGAGAGACUCAACAUGAGCACAAGUUAACCCUUACAGCCUUUGAUGGCGGCAAUCCGCAGAGAACUGGCACUGUUAGGAUAUGUGUUACGGUCAUAGACGCAAACGACAACGCGCCUGUAUUUAGUCUGCCUGUUUACCGUGUUUCAUUGUUUGAGAAUGCACCUAAUGGUGCUGUUGUGGUCAGAGUAAGCGCAACUGAUAAUGACCAAGGCGCAAACGGAGAGAUAACAUAUUCUUUUUCACGCAGUUCUGGAAAAAAUCUAGAUUUAUUCCAUAUUGGCGCAGAUACAGGUGAAAUUACUGUAAAAGGACAUUUGGAUUAUGAGAGAGCUAAACAAUUUGAGUUAAACAUAGAUGCUACGGAUAAAGGUGGUUUAACUGACUCCAGUAAAGUUAUAAUCGAUAUUACAGAUGUAAACGACAACCCCCCUGUGAUAAGCCUGAUUUCAUUUUCUAAUCCAAUACCAGAGGACGCAGCGCCAGAAACUGUAAUAGCGAUGCUGAAUGUCAAAGAUUUAGAUUCAGGGAAAAAUGGGCAGGUUAAAUGUUACAUUUCUGCAGACAUGCCGUUCAAGGUGAAGUCAUCUGCCCAGAAUUUUUACAGUUUGAUCACUGAUCAGCUUUUAGAUCGUGAAAAAAUAUCUGAAUACAAUAUCACAGUAACAGCUACUGAUGAGGGCUCUCCAUCCUUCUCCACUAAUAAAACACUGACUCUGAAAAUCUCCGAUGUGAAUGACAACGCCCCUGUGUUUGAGCGUCAGUCAUACACCGCAUUUAUCAUGGAGAAUAAUUCUCCAGGAGUCUCUGUUUUAUCUGUUAAAGCGCACGACAGAGACUCUGGCAAUAACGCGCGUAUCUCCUAUUUUCUAGAGGAUGUUGUUGUGAAUGGCGUCUCUGCCUCGACCUUUAUUUCAGUCAAUGCAGAGAGCGGAGAGAUUCUUGCUGCUCGCUCUUUUGAUUACGAGCAAACAAAAGAUUUUAGCAUCCGCGUAAAAGCGCAGGACGGAGGCUCUCCUCCUCUCAGCAGCAACGUGAGCGUCAAAAUCCUGAUUCAGGACCAGAAUGACAACGCGCCUCAGGUUCUGUAUCCGGUCCAGUCAGGCGCUUCUGUGGUGGCUGAAAUAGUGCCUCGUUCGGCAGAUGUGGGUUAUCUGGUGACUAAAGUGGUGGCUGUUGAUGUGGACUCUGGACAGAACGCCUGGCUCUCCUAUAAACUGCACAAAGCCACAGACAGGGCGCUGUUUGAAGUGGGCGCACAGAAUGGAGAAAUCAGAACUGUCCGGCAAGUGACAGAUAAAGAUGCUGUCAAACAAAGACUCACUGUUGUAGUGGAGGACAACGGGCAGCCCUCUCGAUCAGCUACAGUCAAUGUUAACGUGGCGGUGGCGGACAGCUUCCCUGAGGUGCUCUCGGAGUUCACCGACUUUACGCACGACAAGGAAUACAACGACAACCUGACUUUCUAUCUCGUCUUGGCCUUAGCUGUAGUGUCGUUUCUCUUUAUCGUGUCCAUCAUCGCCAUACUGUCAGUCAAAUGCUACAGAUGGAGACGCGAGCGGAUGUUUUAUAAGUCUGGAGCGAAUCUCCCGGUUAUUCCGUAUUAUCCGCCUCUUUACGCAGAUGUAGGAGGCACGGGAACUUUACAGCACGUGUACAAUUAUGAGGUUUGCAGAACCACUGACUCCAGAAAGAGUGAUGUGAAAUACGGCAGACCUUGCAGUGAGAGCAUCAUUAGUCUGGACACCAGUGGAACACAGACACUCACGCAUGCGCAAAGGGCAAACCUGAAUAAUGAUUUUGAUCAGCAAAAACCACCCAGUGCAGACUGGCGUUUCACCCAGAAUCAGAGGCCUGGGCCCAGCGGAGCUGCUGCCACUCCUGAGGUUGCCGUGGGAACCGGACCCUGGCCCAAUCCUCCCACCGAAGCCGAGCAACUGCAGGCGCUGAUGGCCGCUGCUAAUGAAGUCAGCGAGGCCACCAACUUUCUGGCUCCAGGCACCAUGGAUCUGAGCACCCGCUACGGCCCUCAGUUCACCCUGCAGCACGUGCCUGAUUACCGGCAGAACGUGUACAUCCCGGGCAGCACCGCCACUCUGACCUCCAACCAGCAGCAGCCCCAGCAAGCCCUGCCUCCACCGCAGGCCUCCGCCGCCAUCGCCGUCGCCCAGCCAGAGCCACCUAAAGCCGCCCAAACCCCCGCCAGCAAGAAGAAAGCCACCAAGAAGGAGAAAAAGUAGAGCGUUUACGGUAUGAAGCAUAGGGGGGGUUACGUUAGCAUAGCUGGACCACUCAAUCCUGCGCUGGAAGAUCUGUAACUAUUUAGAGAGAGAGAGAAAUACAUUAACACGUCACUUUCACAUACAAAUACUGAUUUGUUUUUGGCAAAACAACAUUCGAUUUUCAUGUUUUCUCUCGCAUUCGCCAAGUUUAUGCGACGCUAUAUUCCUGCAUAUAUAUGUAUCUAGCCAAUAAUGUAUUUACCGUGAUCAUCUGGACAGGAGGAGAUGUGUUAUUAUAACUACAACAAUCAUGCUAUUGAUUAUAUGAAGACAUUGCUGUAUUUCCUGAUGUGCCCAGUAGGAUGUCGCGAUGUUUGUAAAGCGCAUCUAGAGUUUUCUUUCUGUUAUCGUUCGCUGAAAUACCACUAUUGACUUAUUUUCGAUGUAGAUGCGAGUCGGGUGAUUAUUGCUGCAUGCCAUUUUUGUUUUUUUGCGCUAUCGAUAAUCACCUGACGUAUACAAACACCCGUCCACAAGUCACAAAGCAGUUACGAGCAUCCACUUUUAUUGUGUUUUCCUUUUAACAACCUGAGAAUGAAACCCCCUGUGUAUCUCUGAGCCAGAUUUCGGUCGUUUUUUUAUGUUCGUUGAAUGUUUUUGAAGCAUUAAGUGAUGUCCGAGCCAUUACAUGAUCGUUUAAGCGUCCAUUAUCUUUAUCGUCCUUAGAAUUCAGUAUUUCUGGGUUAUUCUAGAAGUGUUUAUCAGAGUUUACUUUGACAGCAAAAUUUCCUGACAUUGUGAGUUAGGCUGAAAUGAGUUGGCUUUACAACUCAGGCCGUGUCCACACAAAUGCAGUUUUCCUCUCUUUCGAACCAACAAGGGACGAUAAUUGCAUUUUUAUGUCGUUUUCACACCAAAUGGGGACGCAUUUAGGCAAGGCAAGUUUAUUUAAAUAGCACAUUUCAUACAAGUAUAAAUAAAAUAAAUAAUAUAAAAACAGCGAC